AGACAGAAAAGGAGUGAUAAAGAUGCUGAUGAAAAGGUUUCUAGAUGUCAGACAUGUGGAUGUGACUUCACGUGCCCAUGCACAUCUCCACCUCCAGAAGAAUUAUCCAGAUGUAAGUCAUGUGGGUGUGAGAUCACAUGUCCAUGCACGUCUCCACCUCCAGAAGAAUUAUCCAGAUGUCAGACAUGUGGGUGUGACAUCACGUGUCCAUGCACGUCUCCACCUCCAGAAGAAUUAUCCAGAUGUAAGACAUGUGGGCGUGAGAUCACGUGUCCAUGCACGUCUCCACUUCCAGAAGAAUUAUCUACAAAUCAACUUGAUAAUCAAAACACAGACCGGUCCACAACAGAAGUUGAUACUCACCAAGCAACAGUUGAUCAUCAGGAUGAUAAAACCACCACUAAUGAUAUUACAAAGAGAUUUAUUGAUUCUAUUGAGCCACUGCCUUUAAUGGAUUUACUGUAUUCAAAGGAAAUCCUCACAGAAACAGAAAUGGAGAUGGUUCGAACAAGGAUGAAUCUUAGGGGUAGAACGGCUGCAGCAGGUCAUCUAUGGGACAUAUUGUCCCAGAAAGGAGGAGAAGAUACAGGAUUGAAAUGGGUUUCAACUUUAAUUGAAUGUUUAAACCAUAACAAUAUAAAAUUAGGUAAACUGGCUGAAUAUAUCCAGUCAAAAUACAAAGAAUCAUCAGCGCCAUUAGAGGAAAUAAUAUAUGACCUCCGAAGGGUUAUCCCACAACCUGGAAGUCGACAGGAUAAUCUACAAGCUGAAGCAGAAACCCAUCUUCAUGUGACGGCUUCAGGAAAUUUUGUCAAAACACGUGCAUGCCGAGAAGGGGAGCAGAUACUCAGUAAACAUUUUAAACUGGGUAUUAUUGGAGCGGUUGGCGACGGCAAGACCAUAAUGUCGCGGAUGGUAUCCAACAACUUCUUGGAAGAAAACAAAGACUUUAUUCCUCUCAUAAUUAAACGCCCUGAUGAUAUGGACACCUUUUGGUGUUCAGAGAAAAACAAAUACUUAUUGAUAGUGGAUGAUUUGUUUGGUAUCUGGACAAGAACAAUGAAACAACAAAUACAAGAUUGGCCAAAACAUUUCGAAUUACUUUACCUGAAAAUAAAGCAGAAACAACUAGCUCUUGUUUAUACAAUGAGAAAUGAUAUCAGCCAGGAUUGUUAUCAUAUUCUGCGGGCAUAUGAAAUCUUUGCACACCAAACGCGAAUACAUCUGAAUGACAACCAUUUCCAGCUCAACAAAGAUGAAAAAAUUGAUAUUUUACGAUAUCAUUUCGGAGAUAAAAUUGAUCACGAACUGUACGAAAGGAUUAGCGCUGGCUCAGUGGAAGUCGGAUUCCCUUACUUAUCGCAUAUCUGCAGUACAUCAUGGAAACGACAUUUACCGUCGCUAGGAUUCCGAACAAGUCUAUUUGAGUUCUUACAUUCAGAGUUUGAAAUAUUCUGGAAAGAAGACAGAAUGAAGUAUUUAAGUCUACUUCUUGUCUUCAGUAAUCAGCCAUUGAUUGAAGACGAUCUUAGAGCUGGCGAUAUGACGGACCAGAUAGCACUACUUAAUGAUAUAGGUGACUGUUCCGGAAAGAUUCAUGAUGUUAUUGAUUCCUGUAAAUCACUUGUUGGUUGCUUUAUAAAAGAGGAUGCUGGACGCAUGUCCUUAACUGAUCCGGUGGUAAGAAGUUAUCUGCUUCAUCUCUCCAGCCGUUUUAUCGAUGUAGCCAUAAAACACUGUCCUUUGGACCUGCUUAUGGAUAUGGUGACUACGUUUGUACAUGAAACCAAAUAUCAUGUUCUGAUUAAACCUCGUUUUUUCACUCACCUGUGCUCAAGAUUUGUCCAUGAAUUGCAGAAAAAAAACCAUGACGUGUUAGUUCACCAAGCUUUUCUCGACACCCAAUUCUUAGCAGCUUUCAUGAAACAAGUCAAGUCCGAAUUACUUUUCAAUACCGAGUUAACAAUUAAUUUUACGAUCCACGAUUCCAAUGACAAGGGCCAUUUCCUUCACUAUUUAUGCAUGUUUGGUUGUGUGGAAAUCCUCCAAUUAAUUAUACAACAUUCCCAAAAAAGGGUUAUUAAACUAUUUGACAUCUGCACAAAAGAUGGAUUAGAUUUCUAUGAUCUGGCUGCUGCUUCAACAAUAGACCCCAUUGAGAAGAUAGAUUAUCUACGUAAUAAAAAACAUGGCAAAUUAUCCACUGCACCAGCAUUCCGAAUGGAUACUGAUAAGUUCUUUCUCACUGCUGUCGGAUCAAACAAUAUUGAGAUAGUACAACACUUAGCCAAAGCUAUAGAUAUCAAUUCAGUAGAGAGCUGUCUUCACCAUGCCUGUAAUUCGAUCUACGACAAUACCGAAAUAAUACAAUUUCUAGUCGAUAAAGGAGCCAAGGUUAAUUCCAAAAAUAGAGAUGGACGCACCCCAUUACACUUGGCUACCCAAAGGGGGAAGGCAGCUACAAUAUCCUGUCUUAUCAAACUUGGCGCCAGUGUCAAGUCUAUCGACAAAGACAACAGAUUACCUAUACAUGAAGCUGUUAGUUGUAAUGUGGGAAGAUUGGAUAUAAAUAAGCCUGGUAUUAUAAAACAGUUGGUGGAAGCCGGUUCCCCGGUUAACAGUACGGACAGUAAUGGUAGAACACCUUUGUCAGACGUAGAUGAACGUUGUGAACCUAGAUGUGUUGAUGUAUUAAAGAGUUACGAUGCUGAUCACAAACUAAAACUCCAAAGAAACAGACGACUGUUAAUUUCCGAGCUUGCUAAAUCCUGCAGAGACCUCACUGCAAGAUUACUUGAAAAGCGUGCUGUGCAAGAAUUUGAAAUGAAGAAAAUUCAACAGGUUAGCGAUGUGGGCGACUCAGAGACAGGUAUAUCGAGGUUGAUAGAUGUCCUUUGCACAAAGGAAGAAGGUGUGUUUAAGGAAUUUGUUGGGUGCUUGAGAGAAAUGGGAUUAAAUAAAGUAGUGGAUGGGCUAUUAAUAGAUGCAGAUAUAUCUGCUGCACAGCCAACAGAAAGAACAUUAACACCAGGCAAGGAGGAUGAAACAAAUAAAACAUCAGAAAGUGGUACAGAUAAAAUCAUCACUCUAAAAGUGUAAGUUCAACUUUAUUUGUGCUGAAUUAUAUAUUUUGUUUGGUCUAUAGAAAUGGUAGUCAAGCCAUUUG